AUGGCCGCGUUGCGAACGCAGGGCGUGACUGAGAUGCGAGAUUCCAGGCAAAGCCCUGGUUGCCGAAGCAUAGGAAGCCUGGUGGGUCGCCGUGGAGUUGCGCACUGCGCCGCUGCCUCGCAAGCGCACAGCGAGGGCACAAGCCUUCAGAGAGCGCGCUCUGCAGGCUUGGAGAUGGGCCUUGGAGCUUGGAAGCUCUGCAGUGCUUGA